AUGCACGUUUACGUCCGGCUUCAGGCUGCCCUCCCACAUCUCGCAGAACAGCGAGAGUGCCUGCUGCCACUGGCCGCAUCUUUCACACGCGCAGAUUCCAGCCGUAUAGCUGAUGGCAUUGGACUCAAACUUUGCCUCCCGCAUCUCGCCCAGAAGAGCCACAGCUCGUUGCCACUGCUGGCCCUUCUCGCACGCGCUGAUCGCAGCGUUGAAGCUAUGACGUCGGGCUCCAGCUUCGCCUCCCACAUCUCGCCCAACAGUGCUAGGGCCCCCUGCCACUGCUUGCCCUUCUCGCACGCGCUGAUCCCAGUGCUGUAG